GGGGGGGAAAAAGUCCCCCAUCUUUUGGUGCCCAGUGGGGGGAAUAGGGCCCCAUCUUUUGGUGUAAAUUUGGGAGGGGGGGAGUCCCCCUUCUUUUGGGGGUUGUCAGGGGGAGGAAAAAUGCCCCCUUUCUUUUGGGUCAGGGGGGGAAAGUAUCCCCCAUUUUGGUGUCAUGGGGGGGAGUAGUCCCCCCAUCGUUGGUGUCAUGGGGGGAGGAAUACUGCCCCAUCGUUGGUGUCAGUGGGGGGGAGGAAUAGUGCCCCAUCGUUGGUGUCAGUGGGGGAGGAAUAGUGCCCCAUCG